AUGGGUAUCAAAGGCCUCACACCUUUCUUAAGACGCUUUGCUCCAUCCUCCCUAACACCAAUAUCCAUUAAUGACCUCCAAAACAAAACGUUAGCAAUUGAUGGAACGCUCUUUAUCCAGCGUUUCGUCAAGGGAGCAGAUCGUGGAGAGAAUUCCCAUCCCUUCCCACAUGUGCUUGGGUUCUAUCAAUUAAUUGCCUUUCUCAAAUAUUACAACAUCAAGCCAAUAUUCAUAUUUGAUGGGGAUGCAAAUAUCAGGCAAAAAUUGCAAGAACGUAUGAGAAGGAGAUCAGUUAUAGAAAAGACAAAAGUACAAUUGGGAUCUGAGAAUAAACGACAAACGAGACUGAAAGAGUGGGACCAGAUUGCAGAGUCGUUAAAAAUAAGAAGUAAGAGGGACCUAUUACGCUCAGAGUAUGUGACUGCGGGUAUUAAAGAUUUGGUUGACAUAGUCGGAGACGAAGGAUUAGAUACGCAAACUGCGUUAAAAAUAGGUAAGGCGCAGGGUAUGUCCACGUUCAUGCUUCGCAAUCCCCGCUUUAGUCCAACUAUAGACGAUAUAUUAAUCAGAACCAGAGUAGAAAAGUUAGUUACGAGUGUUCUUUUGGAUUCUAAGGAAUUGAGAUUCUCAAAAACGCGUUCUAGAGCGCAAAAACUUGGUCAGAUGGAGGCGAACCUGUUAAAUGAUGUGCUUUUGAAUAAGAUACUAGAUAUUCCUCAGCAACUCAAAUUGUCAAUGGAGGCGUCAUUACGGGAUGCGCGCGACCAAAAGCCAGCUGAACCUUUGUCAUCAGUCAUGUCCGACCAGAUCAGUACACCAGAGGCACCGGAGAUGGUCGAAUUAUCUCAACCGUCACCCUUAGCGGACUCAACAGCACCCACUUCGAUACCAGAACCGCCCGCCUCUACAGAACUCCCAGACAUAGCAUUAGAGACAAAAACAUCAGAAGAAGAGGAAACGGUAGACCGGGACGCGCUCGAGCAUACUGAUCAAAAGCCAGCUGAACCUUCGUCACCAGUCGUGUCUGACCAGAUCAGAACACCAGAUUCACCGGAGGUGGUCGAAUUAUCUCAACAGAUACCCUUAGUGGACUCAGCAGCACCCACUUCGAUACCAGAACCGCCCACCUCUGCAGAACUCCCAGAUGUAUCAUUAGAGACAAAAGCAUUGGAAGAAGAGGAAACAGUAGACCGGGACGCGCUCGAGCAUACGGAUCAAAAGCCAGCUGAACCUUCGUCACCAGUCGCGUCUGACCAGAUCAGAACACCAGAUUCACCGGAGGUGGUCGAAUUAUCUCAACCGUCACCCUUAGCGGACUCGACAGCGUCCACUUUGAUACCAGAACCACCCACCUCAAUAACAGAACCGCCCACCUCAAUACCAGAACAGCUUACGUCUGCAGAACUCCCAGGUGUAUCAUUAGAGACAAAAGCAUUGGAAGAAGAGGAAACAUUAGAUCGGGAUGCGCUCGAGCAUGCGGAUCAAAAGCAAGCCGAACCUUCGUCAGCAGUCGUGUCUGACCAGAUCAGAACACCAGAUUCACCGGAGGUGGUCGAAUUAUCUCAACCGAUACCCUUAGUGGACUCAGCAGCAUCCACUUUGAUACCAGAACCACCCACCUCAAUACCAGAACCGCCCACUUCAAUACCAGAACCGCCCACCUCUACAGAACUCCCAGACAUAGCAUUAGAGACAAAAACAAUAGAAGAAGAAGAAACAUUAGAUCUAGAAACAUUAGAAGACAUUAUAUCAACCUAUAAACGAACUAUCGAACUAUCAGACCUACGUUCUACGUUAUUAGACGUAACAUCAGAGACAGAUUACUACGUUACCCGCCUAGAAAAAGCAGUAGCCCCAGUAACAAGAAACAUGAUUGAAGAAGCCAAAGCUUUUCUCCGGAAAUCAGGCGUGCCCUGUCUGACGUGUCACGAUCAUGAAGCAGAAGCCAUGUGUGCAUCUUUGACAACGCACGGGAUAGCUGAUGCGACAGUCACCGAAGACAUGGAUGCUGCUCUGUUCGGAGAAGGCGUCGUCAUACGACAGCUUCAAUGGAAAAAUCAACCCAUGUUGGAAUACUCUUCCGUAAAGGCAAGAGAGGAAUUGGAAUUAUCCAAAGAGGCCUUUCUCGAUUUAUGUAUAAUGUGCGGAACCGAUUUCGGAGGCAAAGUUGAAAAAAUUGGGCCAGUCACUGCUUUAAAGUUGAUUAGACAAUAUGAAACUAUCGAAAAUAUAGUUGAUAAUUGUAGUUCUCGAUUCGAUUUCCCUGACAAUUAUCUCGAUGAAGUCAGAGUUACCAGACAAAUUUUUAACAAACCACCCAAAGUUGAGGCCAUUGGGUCGGUCGCGUAUGAGAUGAAGCCUGAAUCGUCGGAUCUCGAGAGUUUCCUAGCGUUAUAUGAUAUCCAGCCAAGUAGUGUCAACAUAUUUAAUGAUGCACCACAAGCUGAAAACAAAAAUCUGAACGAUAUGGUGUAUUUUUGA